GAGAACAGAGAACAAUUAGGUAAAGUAAGAAAGCAGUAUGGCUGAGGGUCUCUAUACCAAGCCAGACCUCAUCAGAAAAGUUAGAUUUCAGACAGGUGAGAAGGAAGACAGAAACACAGAACUCUAUGAUAACAGCAGUAAUGUGAGGAUUAAUCACAACAACUGGGCAGAGGGCAGUACGCCGCUGGAAUCACAGGACAACACUACCGGGAACCAACAGAAAACCACUUCAGUCAAUGUAAGUUCAGGACAAAGGAAUCUUUUCAGAGCUGUUGCAGUGUUUCUGCUGCUGCUGUGUCUUCUCCUCCAGAUUGCAGUGAUUGUCCUGAUGGUCCAAUUGAUUCAAGACAAAAGCAACUGGAACAUGGAGAGAAAUCAACUGUGGAUGGACAAUGCCAACCUGACAAGCGAAAGACACAAACUACAGCGGCGUUACAGUGAAAUGGAAAGUCUUAAUCACUUCCUGACCCAAAAUAUAAGCCAGUUAGAGAAUGAGAAAAAGCUUCUGCAGGCCAUUAACACCAACCUCACCAAAGAGAGAGCUGAAUUACAAACAAAGCUUGAGACUCCAUGCUGUCCUAACAACUGGGAAAAGUUUGGAAAUAGUUGUUAUCUAAUUUCCACCGAAAAGAAAAACUGGAAUGACAGCAGAAAGAUCUGUAAAAAUGUUAAUGCAGAACUGGUGAUCAUAUCCAGUAUUGAGGAACAGAGAUUUAUGAGCUCAUUUGGCCUGGAGACCUGGAUUGGUCUGACUGAUGAAGAGACCGAAGGAGAUUGGAAAUGGGUAAAUGGAACAAGAGUCACCGAAACGUACUGGAGAACUGGACAGCCGGAUAAUAAAGGAGAAAAAACAAGUGAAAACUGUGCUGAGAUUUCCAUACAACAAGAUUUAAAAAACUGGAAUGAUUUAAGUUGCACCAAAUCAUUAUUCUUUAUCUGUGAGACAACGCUUUUUAAAAAAAUAAAUAAAAUAAAAUAAUUAUGGUACACUCUUGGCUGAUUCCAUAUCUAUUUUGCUUUCACUCGUGUAAAAUACCAAUAACAUACUGCACAUUCUCCUCCUUCUCUAUGCAUAAAUAAACUUCUGUACUUGAUUGAUAUUAUAUUAAUUAAUGAUUUGUUGUGUUUGUGAUGUAAUAAAAAACAAACCACAAAAUAAAUACAUUUUUC